GAGGCAUGCAUCCCAUCAAAGGCUCCUUAAGGUCCAUUCACUUACAGCAACAUGUUGCUCUGAAUGUGUAACCCUGGACUUUAAACGAAUGAUAUUUAACUGGCCACAAAGCAGACAGCUUCAUUUGCUCUAAGUAGAAAUGUAUCAAUGUGGUAUUAAAACUUAAUUUAAAAACAAACUGUGAGAUGCCAAAACUAACAGAACUGUUGUAAUGCUUUAGCAGACUGAUGGAAAGCAAAAUACAUGCUUUUCUUAAAAAAAAAAAAACCCAAAACUAAUGAAAGGUGAGCCCAGCUGUGGCCACACCCUUCAGCUACUGGUUUACCACACUACUUCCCUGUCCCCCAAACACUGCAGGUGGAACCAGGCACCACAAAGCAGGAGGGGGAGGAGUACUUCAUGCUUUAUAAAGCAUUGUUUUAACUUUUGUUUAUGUUCGGUAUGACCAAGAAUUGAACAGUGUCCGCAAAAGUGAGUGGUUUAGAGCUUCUGUGAGUGUUAAAAAUGAACUCGGUCCACAGGCACAGGCUACAGUUAGCUGGAUUUCUGUUGUCUGUACUAGGAUGGGUUUUAACUGGUACCUGUAACUAUUUAUCAGACUGGAAAAAUCUCAGCUUAGACUUAAAUGUACUGGAGCUUUGGACCAUGGGACUCUGGCAAACCUGUGUAGUCCAAGAUGUAGGAGGAACACAGUGUAAAGAUUUUGAUUCUUUCCCGGCUUUGCCUCUAGAAUUCAAGAUUUCCAGGAUUUUAGUAUCUACAUCGAAUGGGCUAGGACUUCUGAGCCUUGUGAUCUCUAGUCUUGGUUUGGACUGCCUAAAGGUGGAGGAUACAGAGCAGAAGCUGAAGAAACAGCUGUUACUACUUGGAGGAAUACUCCUGUGGAUGUCUGGAGUUCUGGCCCUAGUCCCUGUUUCUUGGGUUGCCCAUACUAUAAUCCAGGAAUUUUGGGAUGAAGACAUCCCAGAGAUUGUGCCCAGAUGGGAAAUAGGGGAUGCACUGUUCAGUGGUUGGUUUGGUGGAUUUUUUAUAAUUCUAGGAGGAUCUCUACUCCUCUCCACAAUCUGCUUAUCAUCUGACCAUCAAUUACCAGAGCAGUAUGCAACGGCAGGUAUCAACAGGUAUCAACAUCUGGAAGCUGGAAACAGACUUUUAAAAGGGUAG